UUUUACCGCAGCCACAUUUUAAUUAUCCGGGCGACGUGUUUGCAGCAGCGGGUUGUAGCUGUACCUAAGGCUGCUUUUGGCAUCUUUCAGUUCCCUUUAUACUUUCGAAAAGCAGCGCGUUCGCUCUGAAUGCGUCACAGCGUAAGUGACCGCAUGAAAACGGAGAGCUCAGCUUUCCAUCUGCUGUGGACUGUGGUAGAGCGGGGGUUUGUGUGGCGGUUGGCGAAUUGUGGGUGGUCGUUGAUUCGCUAACGCUAGUGUUGCGUCCGCAUUACACGUGGAGCAUGUGCUCUUUGUUGGUGUAGCGUAUAUACAGUGUUUUUGGUUAUAGAGUUUUAGUGUUAAUUGUAUGUUUAUUGUAUGUAAUUUAAGAAUCGUCUGCAUGGCUGAAAUCUAAAACGUGCUCGAACUAGAUUCAAGUAUAGUAGUCGGUUUUCAGCUAAAUUGGGCACUUAAGGUAAACAAAGCCAGAGCCCACAGUGAGUCCAAACCAACAUGCCAGUUAGACGCUUUGGGGGUCACAGGUCUUUGGUCUCUCAUUCUCAGUCCCCAAAGCUGUCCUAUGGUUACACGAAAAUGAACAUUGCCAGAGGUGGCUACCGUGUUUUUUCUGCCAACUCCUCCGCCGCAUGCACCGAGCUGGCCCAGAAGAUAACAGAGCGUUUGGGGGUGGAGUUGGGCAAGUCAGUGGUUUAUCAAGAGUCAAAUUCAGAGACUAGAGUGGAUGUGAAAGAAUCUGUCCGUGGACAAGACAUCUUUAUCAUUCAGACCAUUCCCAGAGAUGUCAACACAGCUGUCAUGGAGCUGCUGGUUAUGGCUUAUGCCCUAAAGACGUCCUGUGCCAAGAACAUCAUCGGGGUCAUUCCCUACUUUCCUUACAGCAAGCAGUGCAAGAUGAGGAAGAGAGGCUCCAUUGUCUGCAAGCUGCUAGCAUCCAUGUUAGCAAAAGCUGGGCUAACUCAUAUCAUCACUAUGGAUCUUCACCAGAAAGAAAUCCAAGGCUUUUUUAACUUCCCCGUUGACAACCUGAGAGCUUCCCCUUUCCUCAUCCAGUACAUUCAGGAGGAGAUCCCAAACUACAGGAAUGCUGUCAUUGUUGCAAAGUCCCCCUCGGCUGCUAAGAGAGCUCAGUCCUAUGCUGAGAGGCUGCGACUUGGGCUGGCAGUGAUACACGGGGAGGCCCACCACUCAGAGUCCGAUAUGGCUGAUGGUCGACAUUCUCCCCCUCUGUCUCGAGCUAUCACAGGACACACUGGCCUGGAGCUACCAUUGAUGAUGGCAAAGGAGAAGCCCCCUAUCAGUGUUGUUGGCGAUGUAGGAGGCCGAAUUGCCAUCAUUGUUGAUGACAUUAUAGAUGAUGUGGAAGACUUUGUUGCAGCAGCAGAAAUUCUUAAGGAGAGGGGAGCGUACAAGAUCUACGUCAUGGCUACACAUGGCUUGCUGUCAGCAGAGGCUCCGAGACUAAUAGAAGAAUCUGCUAUUGAUGAGGUGGUGGUGACCAACACUGUUCCCCAUGAGGUCCAGAAGCUUCAGUGUCCAAAAAUCAAAACCGUGGACGUCAGUAUGAUCUUGGCUGAGGCGAUCAGACGCAUCCACAACGGAGAAUCCAUGGCCUAUCUGUUCCGCAACAUUGCUAUGGAUGACUGAGGCAACACACAUGUACAUUUAGGCUACAUCAUUAAUAAGCACAUACACUGAGGACCAAGAAUCUAGUUUACUUUAAGCUCGGCUUUUAAGCUGUUACAGUUUGUUUUCCUGUUAAUCCUUAGAGAAUAACUGACUCUGUGUAUUGUAUGUUACAUAUGAAACUCAGACUUUGCUUUAUUUCUCUUAUCUGUUACACAGAAGAACUGUAUACACUACUCAAUGGUUUCACUUCACUAAUGUGUCCUUCAUACAGUCUGACAACUUAAAUGUCACAAAUGAUGUAUCACGUGGACCCUCUCAUUACACUGUAGCGCGUGGCAAAUAAAGCUGUUCUUCAUGGGG